AUGGCUUCUGCAACCGCUACUCUUUCCACUCUCUCUUCUUCUUUCCAAACCCAUUGCUCAAUUUCCCAAACCUCAACAAAAUCCCAUUUCUCAAUUUCUCAACGCUUCCCUUCUCAAUCUUACAACCUCUCUUUCCAAUCCACUUUCUCACAACGCUUCCCUCUAUCACCCAUUCCCAAAUCCACUGAAUCUUCAGUCGCAGUCGUUGAGUCCAAGUCUGAAGCUUCUCCAACUCAGCCGAAGUCUGAUUCCACUCAAAUUGUUCAAUCUCCGUCAUGGGAGAAGGGUCUUUUCGCAGUUGUAAUGAUCGGUGGACGUCAAUAUAUUGUUCACCCUGGCCGUUGGCUUGUUGUUCAGAGGCUCAAAGAUGCUAAGGUUAACGACAAGAUUGCCCUGCAUAAGGUUUUACUGGUUGGCACAGAUACAUCCUGCUACAUAGGGAAACCUAUAGUAACAAAUGCGGUGGUAUAUGCAACCGUGGAAGAUCAGGGUUUAGACAACAAAGUAAUUGUAUUCAAAUACAAAAGAAAGAAGCACUAUCGCAGAAACAUCGGUCACAGACAGCCAAAUACACGCAUAAGGAUAAAUAGCAUUAUGGGCUAUGAGGACUACCCAAAAGUUACUAUGGAUGAUAUAAAUUUGGAAUCAUCAUGA